UAACGGAUUGGCUGUACAGUCCCACGUAUGGAUGACGUCACUCAGUUUUGGAGUCCGGUCGGUGGGGGUGCACACGGCCAAACAAACAAGCCAUUUGUCUGCAUCAUGCCGAUCAGAUUUUGGAAAAUCAUAGCUGUUCAUUUCGCCAUCACAGCUGGAUUUGGCUGCUGUUUCCGCAACGAUGUGACGCCUGAUGAUUUCAACCCGAACAUACCAGCGAUCGCCAAAUACUUCAGCACCAAAGGGAGGUACGAGGAAGUGAACCCGCACCUCAUAGAGGACAUACUGGCUGUAAACAGAUCUAUGCUGCAGCCUCCGUCUGAGCAAUGUCACGAGAUCCAUCUGACCGCGAUCGUAAGACACGGCACCAGGUACCCGACCAGCAAGAACGUGAAGAAGAUGCGGAAGCUGUACGAGCUGGUGAAGAGCCGCGCGUCUGGCAAACAGAGCUGGCUGCGUGAGAUCCAGACCCAGUGGAGGAUGUGGUACACUGACGACAUGGACGGCAGGCUGGUGCAGAAAGGUGUGAACGAUCACAAGCAUCUGGCCGUCAGGCUGUCAAAGUUGUUCCCCUCACUGAUCUCUGAGGAGAAGCUCCGAGGUGGAUUCAUCAAGUUCAUAACCAGCUCAAAGCACAGGUGUGUCAACAGCACUCUGUCCUUCAAGGCAGGACUGACUGAGCUGUGGGCUAUCACAGAUCAGCAGUUUGACCACGCAGAGAAUGAUGCUCUCAUGAGGUUUUUUGACAAGUGCACCAGGUUUGUGCAGGAAGUCGACAAUAACCCCACAGCUCUGUCAGAGGUGGACAAGUUCAAGCAGGGACCAGAGAUGAGGAGGGUCACGGAGAAGAUCGCAGACCGUCUCAGAGUCCCCUACAACAACAUCACAGAUGAUAUGGCCGAAGCUGCAUUUUACCUGUGUGCUUAUGAGUUUGCCAUCAAGACUGUGAACUCGCCCUGGUGUAAACUCUUCGAUGAGGUCGAUGCACAGGUUAUGGAGUAUGCCAAUGAUCUGAAGCAAUUCUGGAAAAGAGCCUAUGGUUAUGAUAUUAACAGCAAGUCGAGCUGCAUUCUCUUCCAUGACGUGUUUAGUCGACUGGACCAAGCAGCCAGCGAGAACAAGUCAGGCCAGCAUGUGACGGAGGCCGUGACAGUCCAGGUCGGCCAUGCAGAGACCCUCCUGCCACUGCUCACCCUCCUGGGCUUCUUCAAGGACAGCGAUGCCCUGAGCUCUACCAACUACGCCACACAGGCCCAACGCUCCUUCCGCACCAGCCACAUGUUACCCUAUGCAGCUAACUUACUCAUGGUGCUGUACGACUGCGGGGGAGGCGACCUGAGACUGCAGCCGCUGCUCAAUGAGAAGCCUGUGACUUUCCCCGGUUUGACUGGCCAGCGGGGCUCCAUGCCGCUCUAUCAGGACGUCAGAGAUCACUACAGGGAGCUGCUCCAAGGAUGUGACUUUGAGACUGAGUGUCAGCUGUUCAAAAGUCCCGCACAAGUUUGAGCAGACAGGGAAGUAACUGGAAAAGAGCAUUAUAGUGGCUUUAUAGUGUUUAUUUGCAAAACAGAGUUUUAAUUAUGAUCCUAAUAGGAGCAUCUUAGUCUGAAUGCCUCAUGUAAACCAUGAACACAUCACUGUUUGGCCUGGCCAAAUGAGGAAUUUCAAAUCCACCUGUACCAUCACAGUAUUACCACUGAGAUGCUGCUUAUUUUUGAAAGGUUUCUUUCCAGGAAUAAAAGAAUCUAUUUUUGCAGUGUAAA